ACAUUUAUUUACAUUUAUUUACAGACACUAAAUAAAAAGUCAUGGUGAGCGAAAUUGACAACGCGAAUUCUGAACUCGCGAUGAUGGGUUCAUCUUCAGCCGACAAGGAGAGGAAGAAGUCUGAGAAGAAGAUAAAUGCGGAUCAUCAUACGCCAAACAAUGACGAUACACAUCGAGUGAACAUCGAUAGCGCCAUGGCAGAUGAUCCUAAUUACGAUACCGACUCAGAGAAGGCUACAUGCGAGGAGUAUUUCGAUGUUCCUUUAUGGAGGGAGUGCAUAGGAGAAAUACUCGGUACAAUGACACUGGUUGCCUUUGGUGAUGGUGUAGUGGGACAAAUCGUCAUCUCGGAUGGUGGCGCGGGAAAUUACACAAAUAUUGCUCUCACCUGGGGAAUGGCGGUUACUGCGGGAAUAUAUGUGUCGAAAGGCACGAGUCUAUCGCAUCUGAACCCUGCUGUCACAUUCUCGUUCGCACUAUUGAGACAGUUCCCGUGGAAAAAGGUUAUCCCAUAUAUGAUAUCACAGUUAUUCGGGGCAUUCGUGGGCGCAGUGCUAGUAUGGUCAGUUUACUUCCCAGGAAAAGACGACUCUUAUUACACACAGGAGACUGCAGGUGUUUUCUCAACUUAUCCUGCAGCCAACGCGACAAAUUUGAAUUGUUUCUGGACAGAAGUAGUCGGCACGGCUCUCCUUAUGGCGGGCAUUCUCACAGUGUCAGAGGUCAGAUCGAAAACGCCCACAAUGCCCGAUUGGCUCACCCCGAUUAUGGUAGGUGGUGUGGUGGUUAUAAUUGGUAUGUCGUUUGGAUUUAAUUCUGGCUAUGCUAUUAACCCUGCGAGAGAUCUUGGACCACGUUUGGUCGCGAUGAUGUGCGGGUGGGGCACAGAUCCAUUCACCUGGGAUGAUUAUUACUUUUGGAUUCCUAUUGUCGCACCCAUGAUUGGUGGACCGAUAGGUUCAUUUUUGUAUGAACUUCUUCUUGGUAUGCACUACAAGAGAGAUAUCAAGCCAGUUACUUCUAGAGAUCGCCGUACUCCAGUAGACAAUGCAUGUUAAGCACACUUGUUCAAUUUGUAAUUAAACAGUAAUAUUAAUAAACAAACUAAAACUGUGGA